CGGCGUUGCCGUGGAGACGGAGCUCUCUGUGUGGAUGUGGCAACUCGCCGAAGCACAGCUUUUGCAGACUAUCUUCAGCCGGGGGCUCACAGGACCAACGCCAAGAUGAUGCUUUCAAGGGCCAAACCCGCUGUGGGUGGGGAGUCACCACACACUGACAAAAGAAAGAAGAAAGGGAGGAAGAUUCCAAAACUAGAGGAUCUACUUUCGCAAAGAGAUUUCACUGGCGCUAUUACCCUAUUGGAGUUCAAACGCCAUGUUGGGGAGCAAGAAGAGGACACUAACUUAUGGAUUGGCUACUGUGCUUUUCACCUGGGUGACUACAAGAGAGCUUUGGAGGAAUACGAAAACGCGGCGAAGGAGGAGAAUUGCAACCCGGAAGUGUGGGUAAACUUGGCCUGCACCUACUUUUUCCUUGGAAUGUAUAAACAAGCAGAAGCUGCUGGGUUUAAAGCUCCAAAAAGCCGACUCCAAAACCGCCUACUAUUCCAUCUGGCUCACAAGUUUAAUGAUGAGAAGAAAUUAAUGAACUUUCAUCAGAAUCUUCAGGAUAUCAAAGAAGACCAGCUUAGCUUGGCCUCAAUCCACUACAUGCGAUCUCAUUACCAAGAAGCUAUUGAUAUAUACAAGCGGAUACUGCUGGAUAACAGGGAAUACCUGGCCCUCAAUGUGUAUGUGGCCCUCUGCUACUACAAAUUGGAUUACUAUGAUGUGUCUCAAGAAGUCCUGGCUGUUUACCUUCAGCAAAUUCCUGAUAGCACCAUCGCCCUCAACCUUAAGGCCUGCAAUCACUUUCGCCUUUAUAAUGGCAAAGCAGCUGAGGCAGAGCUCAAAAGCUUGAUGGACAAUGCCUCUUCACCAUUUGAAUUUGCUAAAGAACUCAUCAGACACAAUCUGGUUGUUUUCCGAGGAGGAGAAGGGGCUUUGCAGGUUUUACCUCCCCUAGUUGAUGUCAUUCCUGAAGCUAGGCUAAACCUAGUGAUUUACUACCUUCGUCAAGAUGAUGUGCAGGAAGCCUAUAAUUUGAUCAAGGACCUGGAACCUACUACACCUCAGGAGUAUAUUCUCAAGGGAGUUGUCAAUGCAGCCCUUGGCCAGGAAAUGGGUUCAAGGGAUCAUAUGAAAAUUGCCCAACAGUUUUUCCAGUUGGUAGGAGGAUCAGCUAGUGAAUGUGAUACAAUACCAGGAAGGCAGUGCAUGGCUUCCUGUUUCUUCCUGCUUAAACAAUUUGAUGAUGUCUUGAUUUACCUCAACUCUUUUAAGAGUUACUUCUACAACGACGACAUCUUUAACUUUAAUUAUGCCCAAGCCAAAGCUGCAACAGGCAACACCAGUGAGGGUGAGGAGGUUUUCCUCUUGAUCCAAAGUGAGAAAUUGAAAAAUGAUUACAUUUACCUUAGUUGGUUAGCUCGCUGCUAUAUUAUGAACAAGAAACCAAGACUAGCUUGGGAACUUUAUCUCAAGAUGGAAACCUCCGGCGAGUCCUUCAGCCUCUUACAGCUCAUUGCCAAUGACUGUUACAAGAUGGGCCAGUUCUACUAUUCAGCCAAGGCUUUUGAUGUCCUAGAGAGGCUGGAUCCCAACCCUGAAUACUGGGAAGGCAAGAGGGGUGCCUGUGUGGGAAUUUUCCAGAUGAUUUUAGCUGGGAGAGAACCCAAAGAGACCCUCCGAGAAGUGCUGCAUUUGCUGAGAAGCACAGGAAACACCCAAGUGGAGUAUAUCAUCAGGAUCAUGAAGAAGUGGGCCAAGGAGAAUAGAGUGCCCAUCUAAGCAGCCGGGCUUUAGGCCAGGACCAGCUUCCUCUCACAUCAAAUUGGAACUGUUUUCCUGCACUUGAAUAUGCGAUCCAGGACCCUGUUUGAUUGACAUUUCCUUCCUUGCUCUUCGAGCGUUAGGAUGAGCGGGUGGUUAUGUGUGGACUUAGCCAUCAGGCAGCACAAAUCUCCCUGGUCUGUGCUGACACCUAAUGUAAUCUACUGGUGAAAGUACUUUGGGCUUCCCUGGUGCCUUUCUUCCAGAAUCAUUCCGAAUACUCUUACAUAACUUACUGGCUUUUAGGAAUAGGUAAUAGUUUUGUUUUUCUUUCUGUUACAUUUCAGGACAUUUUCUUCUAGCUGCAGUGACAAGUACCUUUAUACUAAAGAAUUGCCAUCAUUUGAUCAUCUUGUGCAUUAGCCCAUCCAUGAAUACAUUUCUGAGUCCUGAGGGAAGUCUUUCGAGCUAUGUGAUUCUCAGGAUGGCCAUGAGGCCCUCUAGUGAAAGGCUGUCAGUAGUAGAUAGUUGGCGUAUGGGACCACUGCCUUAGUGAGUAAAGCGCUGCUUGUGUAGUUUGUUACAGCGAGACAAGUGGAGUAUGUGCGUUUUUAAAACAUGAAUGAAAGGAAGAACUUGGCAUCUCUGAAGGUACGCAAAGCCAGGGCCAGGUUCUUAAUAUCUGCUUAAUGGACAGCAGCUUUGAACAUACGACUGGGAAAGUUUUCAUGAAACAUAUAUACGUAACUUUUUUUUUUCUGAGACAGGGUUUCUCCAUGUAGCCCUGGCUGUCCUGGAACUCACUCUGUAGACCAGGCUGGCCUUGAACUCAGACAUCCGCCUGCCUCUGCCUUCCGAGUGCUGGGAUCAAAGGCGUGCUCACCACUGCUCAGCACAUGUACAUGUUUGUAUUGCACACACACGAGCAUGGUGUAGGGAUUUAUUGAUACAAUUAUAAACCAGGGUCCUUUGAAGAGACCGCUCUAUCGCAUCUCAGCCUCGUGUCUCUGAGCUGUCGUCACAUAAACUUCUUUCAACAAACUAUUGUCAGGUUUAUAUCCCACUUUCAGAAAACAGACCCACAUCUCUUUGUGUUUCAGAUAACCUGUUUAUAUGCUCUAUAAUUUUCUUCUGUAAGUCUGAGACCCAUCCUCGUAGAGCAAAGACUGCACAAAGGAAGAAGUGGAGGAGUUUUUAGAAACACUAGUUCUUCCUCCUGCCCCAGCCCCCAGCUGCAGAUGGCACUCUGCACAGACAGGGAAACCUGUACAGGGUGAAACAGCUGAAGCAAUAGGACCUGCUGGACGCAGCUUCUCGCUGACCAAUGCCAAGGCGGGCUCCAGCUCUGCCUAGAGGAUGGCCAGUGUGCCAUCUUUUACAUUAGGCUCAGAUAUGAUUGGUCCAAAACACAAAUCACAAUACAGGUCUGACAGGACUGCAGGAAACAAAGAUGCACCAUGUCUUUAUGCCAGAGCUUCUCCUAGUCUUGUUCUGGUAUUCCCACUCUUUCAAUAGAACCUGGUUCUCUUUGUCAAAGGUACUAGGUGGAUCAGAUGACCCAACCUGCUUUAUAGUUCUGUGGAUCCUUCUUAGGAAACUUACUUUUGCUUUAAAUACUUGUAAGCCGAAGAGUGGGAAGGCAGAUGAAGUCCCAGGAGUUGGCAUCUUCCAGUGAAGCGCUGUUCAGUUCCAGCUCCUCAUUCCUGAAAGACACUCAUUCACACUGAUGUACUUACCAAUGAGAAUUUUUCAGUUUACAACUCAGUAGUCUCUAUGACAUUUUCCUUGACAGAAGGAUGUCUGUUCCCAACAGCAGAAUUUUAGAUUACUCUUUAAAGUUUUUUAAUCUACAGGAUUGAAACGAAAAAUAUGAAGGAAAGUUGAAGAGAAGCACAUGCAGUUCUGUUAGGAGGGAUAAUUGUUUCUGAUUGUCUUGACAGGGUGUCAAGGUUCGGAGCUGUUUUCUCUACAGAUGACAGCCCAGAGAAGAAGGGCCCCAGGCUGGGAAUGUGUAAUUUAUACAGUCUAUAGUAUCAAUGUACUAUUUAAAAAUAAUCUGCAGGUUAUACUUACAAAUGGAAAAACACUUUUACAGUUAUUUUUUAUAUGACAAAAGAAUCACAUACCACUGUCCUAUAUUUAAAUUAAAAUUUAUUUUUUGGUUCUUUU